AAAUUGACGGUGAGAGAGAGAGACGACGGUGAGAGAGAGAUGACGGUGACUCGAGGACAGGGAGAGAAACCAAUAGUGGAGAAGAAGAUAAGGUAAGGGUGUUCUUGUCUUUUGCUCAUUAAUGAAAGUGUGUAUUUCUGAAAAUGUCCUGGUAAAGUUGAAAAGUGGUAUCCAACAAAGUGUAAAAGUAAAAUUUCCCCCAUAAUUAAUUUUAUUUUAAUUGUAUUUUUUACAUCCAACCUUUUAGUUCAUUUUAAAAGAAAUAAAAAAUAAUUCUAAACUCCACCACCACCACCAACAAUUUCUCUAACUCAAAUUCAUUUGUUUAUUUUUCAAAAUAAAAUUGAAACUGCAUAAUAAAAUUCUAGCCUAUAUAAAACCCACAUCGCCACUCUCACAUCUCCUCCACUUUCGCUUUUCUCACACUCUCUCUCUCUCUCUCCUUUUCCUCAUUAUCUCUUUUACCCAUGCCGUCUGAAUCAAACCAAACCCGAUCCGCCCGAGUUCAGGGCUCAACGGCUGCUUACCCACCUCCGAAUCUGGCGGAGCCACUGCCUUGUCCUCGUUGCAACUCCAUCAUCACCAAGUUCUGCUACUACAACAACUACAACCUCUUACAGCCUCGCUACUUCUGCAAGUCUUGCCGCCGUUACUGGACUCAAGGUGGUACACUCCGCGACGUCCCCGUCGGCGGUGGAACUCGCCGGAGCUCUUCCAAACGCAACCGCUCUUUCUCCUCCAACGCCACUACUGCCUCCUCCUCUUCCUGCUCUUCUUCCAUCAUUACAACCGCCAACGGUUCAGAACCAAUGAACCAAGGAACCGCCACAAACGAAGCAAAGGGUAGUCAUGAAAUCUCAGGUUACGGAAGCUUUGCGUCUCUGUUAAGUGAGCAGAGCGACGGAGCAGCGUUUCUGGCGUUGGGAAACGGAAGUGGAAGCGGUGGGUUAGACUACGGGUUUGGGUACGGGUACGGGUUGGAGGAGCUGAGUAUUGGGUAUCUUGGGGGAGGCUCCGGAGUAGAGAUACCGGUGGUGGGUGGUGGUGACACGUGGCAGAUUGGGGAGAUUGAAGCUAAAAGUGGGGACAGUUUAUGGCCUGGUCUCGAGAUCUCCAUGCAAAGCAACGGUGCUAAGUGAAAAAACCGUUUAUGACUCUUGUCUUCUUCUUUCUCUGUUUCUGUCUUUUGUUUGUUUCCUUUUGGAAAUUUCUGUUUGUGUUUUUUAUUAUUUCCUACUGGGAUAGAGAGAGACCAAAGAAGCAAAUUAAACAGGAAAGAAAAAAAAAUAGAAGGAAAGGUUUAGUGUCUUUUUUCUUUAUUUGAGGUCUAACAAUGGCAGUUUGUAAAUCCUCUGUUUCUGUGAUGAACAAAUUGGAAUGCAUUUCAAGUAGUAAAUGGACAAUUAAGA